GCGUAGGCUCCGUCGGCCGGCGGAGGAGGAAGCCGCCGCCACCGACCGAGCUGCUCGCGCACAACCGCGAGGUCCUGGCAACAGCGCGGGUGAUGCGAGUCGAGCGCUGAAGGGGGAAACCGACUGAAGCUCAAACUCCCAUCGACUCUGCCGGGUUCGUCGUCUCGUUCCAGCAGCCGCGUGAAAAGAAGGGGCAGCGUCACACACGAGCGCCGCGAGCAUGUCGGUGCUAGCCCUGCAAGAGUACGAGUUCGAGAGGCAGUUCAACGAGGACGAAGCCAUCCGAUGGAUGCAGGAGAACUGGAAGAAGUCCUUUCUCUUCUCUGCACUCUACGCUGCCUGCAUCCUCGGGGGCCGCCAUGUCAUGAAGCAGAGGGAGAAGUUUGAGUUGAGGAAACCGCUAGUGCUGUGGUCGCUCACCCUCGCUGUUUUCAGUAUAUUUGGUGCCAUGCGUACUGGGAGCUACAUGACGUACAUCUUGAUGACCAAAGGGCUCAAACAGUCCGUUUGUGACCAGAGCUUUUACAACGGGCCUGUCAGCAAGUUCUGGGCGUACGCCUUCGUACUUAGUAAAGCACCAGAGCUGGGUGACACUCUCUUCAUCGUCCUGAGGAAACAGAAGCUCAUCUUCCUCCACUGGUACCACCACAUCACCGUGCUGCUGUACUCCUGGUACUCCUACAAAGACAUGGUGGCCGGCGGCGGAUGGUUCAUGACUAUGAACUACUUGGUCCACGCUGUCAUGUACUCUUACUACGCAUUACGGGCGGCCGGUUUCAAGGUGUCCCGCAAGUUCGCCAUGUUCAUCACACUGACCCAGAUCACCCAGAUGCUCAUGGGCUGCGUGGUCAACUACCUGGUAUACUCGUGGAUGCAGCAGGGCCAGGAGUGUCCAUCCCACAUGCAGAACAUUGUGUGGUCCUCCCUCAUGUACCUCAGCUACUUUGUGCUCUUUGUCCAGUUCUUCAUCGAGGCCUACUUCAGCAGGUCCAAAUCAUCGGCUAAGGCUGUCACCAAGAAGAGCGAGUAAAAAAGAAAUGAAAAAAAAAGGCCAUAAGCACUGGAGUUAGAAAUUGAGAGCAGGGACCAGUGACUUGAGAGUGUGUGUGUGUGUGUGUGUGUGUGUGUGUGUGUGUGUGUGUGUGUGUGUGUGUGUGUGUGUGUGUGUGUGUGUGUGUGUGUGUGUGUGUGUGUGUGUGUGUGUGUGUGUGUGUGUGUGUGUGUGUGUGUGUGUGUGUGUGUGUGUGUGGGUGUGAGUGAGAGGGUGUGUGUGAGAGGGUGUGUGUGUGUGAGAGAGAGAGAGAGAGAGGCCGGGGAAGUGGGUGGGGGUGGGAGGGUCAAGCGGAUGGCUGGUGUUUGUGCUUUAGCAUUACUACUAAUGUGCAGAUAUAAAAAGCCGCAUCGGAGGCGAAGUCUCUGUUGAGGGAUGCUGAUGACGCUGCGCCGCCAUGAUCAGAAAGCCAUCGCGAGUUGUCCACCUGACGUGUAAAAAACCCUUUUUGAAUUCAACGUGAAUUGUUCUUAAAAAAACAAAAACAUAACAAAAACAUGAAAAUCAACCAGAUAAAAAAUUAUAAAUUUGCCACAAGCAUAUGUUUACUUGAUAUUAAACAAAAUAAAGGUAUCAGUUUUUAUGAAGAUGGUUAGAGUUGGUGUUAACUUGAGCCAUCUGAUAUGUUUUUGUCUGUAAUCUGCGUUUGUUUUCUUUCGAUCUAUCGGAGAAAAGGUUUGAGACGCAUGUGAUUGCUCGAAGCCGUUGUGUGUUGGCGGUGGAUGUGAACCGAUGGGGUGAGCGGCACUGUAUCUUCUGUGUCUUAUGUUGCAAAAUGCGAUAUUUUUCUCAGGUCUUAUAGGUUAUCUCUUUCUUAAUAUAUAAUAUGCAUAUCAAGACAAGGUAGACAUGUUUAACAUCAGCUUGGGCUUACAGUACGGCCGCGUAAGUUGGAAAAAACGUACAAAUGAAACGGAUUGGACUGACCGACUCCGAUGAUCACACUGCUCCUGGGCAUGAUGGGAAACAUAUGCCGACAGUGUCCUGCUUUCACCAUUUGCCAACGACCUUGCAGAAGCUGCCGACCACACUUGGGAAAGGACUUGCCAUUGAUUUCCAAACACUUGUCUGUGUUAAAAAGGGUCCCUACCAUCGAAGACAUUUAAAAAAUAAAAUUUAAAAAAAAGUCUGUCGGACACUGAACGCUUAAGUGAAGGACAAACAUUUGUGUUUAGCAAAAGAAAAAGAAAAUCAAACAUGCACAUUUUCAAAACCUGCUGUAUUGACUUAAAAAAAAUAGUAUGUAUCAUUAAUGGCGUCUGUUGUGCUGUUGUGCAUUUGCACUGUGUCAAUGUCAAAAACAGUUGUUGCUGAAAAACGUAACGUAUGAACAAAGAGUGCUCAAAUGUAA